AUGCCCUAUACGCACGGUGUGCGCCAUGCGCACCAUCACAAUGUCAAGCGCCACUCCCACCUGGAGCCCGUUGCAAUCCCGGCAAAUGACCAGCCGUAUCCUACCAUAAUCGAGCCCCCGUCUGUCGUCCGUCGUGCGGACAGCAGCACUUCGUCAUGCUCGUCGUCCGACGACUCAUGUAACACGUCCAAAAGCUCUGCCAUGACCACCACCUUGCCCGUCGUUCUUGGAGCAGUCAUUCCCAUCGUCUGUGCCAUUGUUGUCCUUAUUUUCUUACAUAGACGCCAUGUACGCAAGCUACGCGCCGAGGAUGCAAACGACAAACACAAAUCCUUGGACUUUGGCAUGGAGGUUGUGAGGUCAGGGGGGCAAGGCGGUGCCAAACCCGAAAUGGGAGAAAAACCCCAUAAACGAGGAGGAGGAGGAAUGUCUCUGGAUAUCGGAAACAGCCCAUACCUGCUGCCGCCAGGGCUACAGAACUCCAAGGAGUCCCUUCGUUCACUCUCAAAGGUGAUCAGCUCCGAUGACGAUAAAUACCGGCUGGCUGCUCACAGCGACAAUACUUCCCUACGUUCCUAUCCGUCUCAUCCUAAAUGGGGCUACGACGACACAUCUAGUGUUGGAGGGUCAACAAAGCAUUUGCCUACAGACGAUAUGCACCACGGCCUACUGCAAAAUGCCUCAAGAAUGUCUAGGUCGUCUCCUCCGAAGGGAUCACCGCCUCCCGACAUCGCCCACCACGCCGGGAAAGGUGAUGCAUCAAAGAACACCAGUUUGAGUGAUGCAUCGGUGGUUGAUGCCCAUUUGGACAUGCCUAAAGACGAGAAACUUCCCAACUUGCCUUCUCAUGAGCAACCUCUGCAAAUGAACCCUUACGGAGAGCCCGUUCAACCCUAUCCUACUGGGGAGCAUGAUGCCAACUCAAGGAGGUUAUCGAUGCCAGAUGCUGGCUUCGGAGGGUUUAACUUUGGCACUGACGCCCAUGAAACUUCCCAACAACACGACGACCUUCCAACAAUCCGAGAGUCGCCAUCUGACUCACAUGUGGCACCCUUGGCCCCGAGAAUAUCUCUCCCUCUAAGUGAUGCAGCGAGUGAUUAUGGCGAUGAUCUUAAACUGGACCAAUUCCCAUCGGUGAAUGUGUCGAACGCAGAUGACAAACCUCACGAAGCGGAAGACGUUCCACCGUCUGCAAACCGGGUGACUCAAAGUUUUACCAGAUUCGACGAGGGCUUCGAUCCCCACAGGCUUACCGUCGGUAUCCGCCCUCUUCCCCCAGAGGAUCCUGCCGACAACCCCGAGCAACGAGCCAACCGUAUUCGUUCUUUCUACAAGGAAUACUUUGACGAUUCCAAGGGCGUUCCCACUGGUGGCCAGGAAGAAUACUACGAAGACUUUGGACCAGAAUUCUAUGAUGACCCUGGUGUGUAUGAUCCAUACUCAGGCGAGUACAUGAUGGGCCCAUCCAAGCCGUUCGCCCAACCGAUGGGUCGUCGGGCUAUGACACCCCCUCCUCGAUUCCAAGGUCCUCCCAGAACAAUGCAUUCAUCGGCUGGAUUCCGAAGCCCUGGACCUCGUGCAUUCUCAUCUGCUUCUGGCCGACUGCCGGGACGAGGUCCUCCCAAACCGUUGCCUCCUCCUGAACCGCUGCAUGUGCUGCCUUCGCCAUCUAUGAUCUCGGAUGAUAUGUCGAUCCUACCGAUCGACUAUGCCCCAGGCAAGAACUUCAAAGAUCAGCAAUCAGGUCGACCCGAAUCUCCUCGAGGUGGUCUACGUCCCUAUACACCCGCGAUGCCAUCUCGUAGCCCGCUCGUUUCGUCGUUUGAUGAUCUCGCCGCGAUUCCUAGCCCUCAUGCUUUGCGGAAAUCUGGAGUGUUCAUGCCGCUGGGUUUUGCCCCUCCGCCUCGUUUCAAGAACGAGGGGACAGGCAGCGAUGCUGGCAGUAUUCGUAGCAACCGGAGUGGCAUCUCAGCUAACCACAUGCACAACAUUCGCGCCGGCGCGUAUCGGGUCAGUCGUCUUCCAGCUGAGACAGUGGGCACGAGAGAUGACAUCAGCACGAGUCUGCGGCCUAAGUGGGAUAUGCGAUAG